UUUUGUACAGUCUGCAAUUUGAUAAGGAUUCCCUCCACCCUGUCAUCUAAAUCAUUGAUAAAAAUAUUGAAGAGCAUCAACUCCAGCACAGAACCCUGCAGCACUCCACUUGAGACCUCCUUCCAAUUUAACAGACAGCCACUGAUGGCAACGCUUUCAACAUGGUUUUCCAGCCAAUUAUGGAUUCGUCUCUUGGUGUUUCCAUCAGUUUCCUAAUCAAAAUAUCAUGGAGGACCUUACCAGAGGCUUUGCUGAAAUCCAGUGAUGUCCUUGCCCUGCCCAUUUUUAAGCAAGAAGAAUCAAACUUGCCUCCUGACAAUGAGAACAAAAUCCUGCCUUUCCAAUAUGUGCUGUGUGCUGCCACUUCCCCUGCUGUGAAACUCCAUGAUGAAACACUCACCUAUCUCAAUCAAGGCCAGUCUUAUGAAAUCAGAAUGCUGGACAACAGGAAAAUGGGAGAAUUGCCUGAGCUAAAUGGAAAGCUUGUCAAGAGUAUAUUUAGAGUGGUGUUCCAUGAUCGGCGGCUUCAGUAUACAGAACAUCAGCAGCUGGAAGGCUGGAGGUGGAACAGGCCAGGGGACAGGAUACUGGAUAUUGAUAUUCCAAUGUCGGUGGGGAUAAUAGAUCCCAGGGCAAACCCAACACAGCUAAACACUGUAGAGUUUCUUUGGGAUCCUUCAAAGAGGACUUCUGUAUUUAUACAGGUACACUGCAUUAGUACAGAAUUCACUAUGAGGAAACAUGGAGGAGAGAAGGGUGUGCCAUUCAGAGUUCAGAUUGACACAUUUAAAGAGAAUGAGAAUGGAGAAUACACAGAGCACCUGCAUUCUGCCAGCUGCCAGAUCAAAGUCUUCAAGCCCAAAGGAGCUGAUAGGAAACAAAAGACAGACAGAGAGAAGAUGGAGAAGCGAACUCCUCAUGAGAAGGAAAAGUAUCAGCCUUCCUAUGAGACUACAAUUCUUACAGAGUGUUCUCCAUGGCCCGAAAUCACUUAUGUCAAUAACGUGCCAUCCCCUGGCUUUAGCAGUUCGCACAGCAGUUUCUCUAUCAGUGAAGGAAAUGGGUCUCCAAAUCAUCAGCCUGAACCUCCUGCUCCAAUUACAGAUAACCUCCUACCAACUUCUACACCUCAGGAAGCUCAGCAGUGGCUGCACCGGAAUCGCUUCUCAACUUUCUCACGGCUUUUCACAAACUUCUCAGGGGCAGAUUUACUGAAAUUGACCAGAGAAGAUGUCAUACAGAUCUGUGGCCCUGCAGAUGGCAUCAGACUCUUCAAUGCAUUGAAGGGGCGGAUGGUACGGCCAAGGCUGACCAUCUAUGUUUGUCAAGAGUCACAGCAGUUGAGGGACCAGCAGAAGCAUGAAGAUGGGGAUGCAGCAAAUAGUACUUUCUUUGUAUACCAUGCCAUCUACUUAGAGGAGUUGACUGCUGUGGAGUUGACAGAGAAAAUUGCCCAACUCUUCAGCAUUUCUGCUCAACAGAUAAGUCAGAUCUACAAACAAGGGCCUACAGGGAUACAUGUACUUAUAAGUGAUGAGAUGAUACAGAACUUUCAAGAUGAAUCAUGUUUUGUCUUGGAUACAAUGAAAGCUGAAACCAAUGAUAGUUACCACAUCAUCUUAAAAUAGUUGGAGAAUUGAACAGAACUUCUCUCGCAUACACACCUUCGUUGCCUAUUUUGGCAUUUGGACACCAACAGAGACCCACACAAGCAAAUGAAACUCAUCUUGCAACCACAGCAUGUUGCCUCCUGUUAGGUGAAAAUCCUCUACUAUACCACUGCUGGCAUGCAGUAGACAUCAGUCAUAAAACACGCGGCUGCUGUUGCUUCUUGUUCGUAUUUCAGUGAUACUAGUUACACACAGUGGCCUGUUGAAAUUGCCACACUGACCAGGAAAGAAACUUUGCAAUUAUGCACAAUGAUAAGGAGUGGCCAGGGGAUGGGGGAAGAUAAUAAAGAGGCUGCCUGCCAAAAGCAACUGGAACAAUUUGAUAGAUGGCAACUUACGUUGUGGUGAUGGAUCUCUGGACAGUCUUGGAACUGAGUGUCCAUUCUGGGAAGCCACUUGAUGGCCUGUCUCAGUUUUUCAAGCUUUUUUGAUGUGUACCUGGCUAUGAUAGAGCCAUGGGGAUUUCCAGGUUUGGGGUUUUGUUUUGUUUUUAACCAACAUGAAGUAGAGACUUUGUUCCUACUUUGACUUUUUCAUACCUUGUUUUAGGUGACAGUGUAUGUGCGUAUGCAUGUAUGAGCACUCUGUGGCUGUCUUUGUUUGCCAGUGUGCUAGGAAGAAUUUGUGGGAUUACUGCAUUGCAAUUGAAGAGGCUUCAAUUGUGAAAGAAGAAAUGAUGAAGUGGAUGUUCUAGUGAUCCUCUAUUAGAGAACACUGCUUUCUAAGAUGGAGGAGGGGAAGGGAUAUGUUAAAAUUUUCUGUGGCUGGUUUAAUUUCGGAUAUGUAAAAUUGAUAUACGUUUUGAAAUCAAAUCCUGCUGGAAGCCAUAGUAGUGUUGUCCAAGAAAGGGUUCAUAUAGCAGUAGCAUACACUGCUUAUAGAAAAAUGAUGAAAUAAUAAUAAAGAGACCACAUAUUUGUUUCCAGGACACCAAACAGUCUCUAGGGUAAAGGCAUCUGAAUCAGAUGCUAACAUUGAAUUUCCCGAGCCCUGGAAAGAAAGGUGGGGGGAACACUAGCAGCUUCAGUGGUAAUUCCCUAAAAUCAUAGAUGCACAAUAUACUUGAGGGAUGAUGGCACCUCCAUCCUGGUCUUUCUAAUACUCCCUCGCGAAAUGACAAAUCUCUACAAGCUGCACUUCAUGUGUCACAGUGAUAUUAUGUAAUGCAUUGUCAAAUCAUAAUAGUUACUGCAGUAGCCAUGGGGCUGGACACUGAUGUAAGAUGUGCUUAAUAUAUGCCAGAAAGUUGGGAGAAGUAACCAGCUUUAAUUUUCUUCAAUGAAACCUAGUUAAAUAUGUUUCCAGGUGCACCAGAGACGUUUUACCAUUUUUGCAUGAUGCUUUUUACAAAAAGGUGAAGAACUUUUAUUUAAAUAAUACUGGAUUUAGUGUGUUGCUUCAAAGGAGGCAGUGAAUUGGGUCAGAUUAAAUUGAAGUGAAAUUAAGUUAAAAAGAAGAAAUCUUGAUUGAUAGUUGUGUUCUGCUGCUUUCAAGCAGAAGCUAAACGUGUUAAUUUUCAUCAUUAUAUGUACAAAUAUAAUUAAGGCGAGCUUCAUUUUCAGACAGACUUUAGAGAGUUAAAUUACCUUUGGGGCUGCCAACUUAUAACUGUAGCACAGCCCAUCUAGAAAGACACUGGAUUUUGUUUAGUUCAAGGAAUAUCAGUAAAGCAAUCAGCAGUUUGUAUACACAAACAAAAUGAGUGUAUCAGAGAAUCAGUAAUAACCCAGAGAACCCUGGAAGCCAUGUUUUAUCCAGAUAAUGACUAGCGUGUACAUGGGUAUGAACUAUGGAAUCUGUGCUAACAGUUGACUGACAAAGAUCCCCACCCCAGUGAGCCAUAAAACUGAGCAAGCCUCUUUCCUGUAAUAAUCGAAGAUGGUGCAUGGCAAAUGACAGAGCUUGUGUCACUGCUGAUGUUUUUGAGGUAUAAGUUCAGGCACUGAACCUAUACCACAUGAUCUUGUUCAAUUAAAACAUGGCUAAUCUAACCAUGUGUCCAUUCACUUGUUCCUUCCUUCUUUCCUUUCCUUCCCUCUUGCUGCAUACAGCUUUAAAAGAAAGUAACCUUGUUCUUUAAAGCACAGUUUCCAGUGAAUUAAAGUGUUCCUUCCAAGCCAAAAUAUGAAACUAGGAUCAGGCUUAAGAUGUUGACUUUUGAGAUGGCCACUGCUGUCCUCUCUAGCUGGAUGGUCCACAGUAUGUAAUUCUUCAUGCACAAGUGACAGCAUAAUUUUUACACUUCUCUCCCCUUCCACCCACCCUGUGCUUCAGAACCAUUUUGAAUUUGUGUGUGAUGCUUGUUGGGCACAAUGAGGAUAGCUUACAAAGGUUGCCAUUCUCCCUGCACUGUAAUGGUUUGUCAUGUAUAUUUUUUGUUUUGUUUUGUUUUUCCUAAACCAUAGAAUGAAAUGAUGAACUCUAAAAUGACUGAGUCUUUUGUUGUGUGGACUCUUGUAAAAUUGAACAUAAGACUUGCUGACCAUUACAAAACAUGCUGCAGUGCUUAGUGGUGCCAUGGAAGAUGUGAAUCGGGAUUUCAUUGUGGGGUCUUUUUUAUGGGAGAAGAAAAAGUGAAACUAUGCAUACAGAGAUGCCAUAUUUUGGUAUUUUGGGUCAGUGGUCUUUUCUAUGUGUACAGUAUUUACACUGUGUGUGUUAGGACUGAAAAACUACACUUUGAUCCUUUUCUCAAGUCAUGUGUGACAAGACAGGGUACAUGUGUCAUGCUUUCAUAAACUUUGUUUCAUUCUUGUUUUCGUAUUGAGAUGUAUAAUACCUUCAUCUACUAUGUACAUCUACUUACAGUUAUAUCACUAUAAAUGCGUGGAGUUGUUCAACAGACAACUUGAAAGCACAUACACACCCAUCAUAUUUUGAGAUGGAGUUAUUCAAUACAAGAGGUAGAUGUACUAAAAAAAAAAAUAAUUUCUGGGUUUGGUUGUUCUACUAGCACUAAUAAUUUGCUCUUUGUUUACUUUUUUUAUUGCAUAAAAUAAGUUGGCUUCCA